GAGCCGGGUCAUGGGUUGAGGCCCAGACCCGGCCCUGAUUGAUUACUGAGAGACAAGUCCCAAGUUCCAAGCUUUUGGAAUUUCAUCUCCGGAAAAUGAAGGCUUUGGCUGCUGUUCGUCCCCGAAGCAUUUGCUCAUUGCCUCCGCAGUCCUUACCCAAAUCUCAGAAUCUCCGAAGCCAACGCUUUCGGGUCUCGUCCUCUUUGAUAAAAGAGCCUCAGUCAGAAAUACAGGCGAAGCAAGAGAAGAAGGGUGGAGUGAUGGAUGAAGUGUUUCUGAAUUUGUUUAGGAAGAAAAUGGUGGAGGAAGUUGGAUGGGAUUCCGGAAAACCCGGAUAUGAUGGACUCAUUGAAGUUGCAAACCGGCUUAUGCUCAAAAGUCCAACCAAUUCUCACACUAAAGAAGCUGCGGUGAGAAUACUGAGAUCCCUGUUUCCACCAAUGCUGCUACAACUUUAUAAAUUGCUAAUAGCACCCAUACAAGGCGGAAAAGUAGCUGCCAUCAUGGUUGCAAGGGUGACUGCAAUUACUUGUGAAUGGCUCAUGGGACCCUGUACUGUUAAUUCUGUCGACUUGCCAGACGGCACCUCGUGGAAUAGUGGGGUGUUUGUAGAGAAAUGCAAGUACUUGGAGCAAAGCAAAUGUGUCGGAAUUUGUGUGAAUACUUGUAAGCUUCCUACUCAGGCCUUCAUGAAAGAUUACAUGGGUGUUCCUUUAGUGAUGGAGCCAAACUUCAGCGACUAUAGCUGCCAGCAGUUUAAAUUUGGGAUUCUCCCUCCGCUUCCUGAAGAUGAUGCUACUCUCAAGGAGCCGUGCUUGGACAUCUGCCCUAACGCCACACGACGCAGAGAAUUCACCAGAAACAUUAAUGUACAGCAAUGCCCCAAGGCAUGAACACUGCAGCAUUCAUUUGCAACUGGAGAUACAUAUAUAUCAUACUACUAGAUUUGAAAGGAUGUCUCUUAUGGACAUAACUGGAUAGUUGUGCAGCUCCUUUCUUGUAUCUAAAAGUCUGCUGCUGUAAAUAACCAUAGCCAAUUGAAAAUAGGCUUGCAAAAAGAUCUCUCAUGUCAAAAUUUCCUUUCUUUGGUAACAA